CCCCCCGCCCCGGAGAUGGCGGCGUAUCUGAGCAUGGGCGAGGCUCACCGCCGCAUCGCCGACUACCUCUCCCGCUUGGACGACGCCAUCUCCCAGUCCGACGGCGCCGACCUCGCCUCCCUCCUCGCCAUCUCCUCCGCCCCCGCCUCCACCCCGCUCUCCGACGCGCUCGCCGCUUUCCCAGAUUUCCCCCACCUCGCCUCCGACCGCUACCCCCACCUCUCCGACUUUCUCCCUCCGCUCCUCCGCGCCAUCCACUCCCACUCACUCCGCCGCUUCGGGGACGCCUACUCCUCCUUCGAGAAGGCUGCCAGCGCGUUCCUGCAGGAGUUCCGGAACUGGGAGACGCCUUGGGCGAUGGACGCGAUGCACACGGUGGCACUCGAGAUCAGGCUGCUAGCUGAGAAGGCAGAUAGGGAGCUUGCAAUGAGCGGGAAGAACCCUGACAAGCUGCAGGCGGCUGGGUCCUUCCUGAUGAAGGUUUUCGGUGCACUAGCGGUUAAAGGACCUAAGCGUGUUGGUGCACUGUAUGUUACCUGCCAGCUGUUUAAAAUUUAUUUCAGGCUUGGUACAGUUAACCUUUGCCGUAGUGUCAUAAGGAGUAUCGAAACAGCUAGGAAUUUUGAUUUUGAAGAUUUUCCUGUGAAAGACAAGGUUACUUAUAUGUAUUAUACUGGUCGCUUGGAGGUCUUCAAUGAGAAUUUUCUUGUUGCCGAUCAGAAGCUAACUUAUGCUUUGAUGUAUUGUAAUCCUCAAAGCGAAUUAAACAUGAGGAAAAUUUUGAAGUUUCUAAUCCCUGUAAAGCUGUCAAUUGGUGUUUUGCCAAGGAGGACCCUCCUGGAGAAGUACAAUCUGCUUGAGUAUGCAGAUAUUGUGACCUCACUUAGGAGAGGGGAUCUCAGGCUUCUCAAGCAGGCCCUUGAUAAACAUGAAGACCAAUUACUGAAAUGUGGUGUCUACCUUGUGCUGGAGAAACUUGAACUCCAGGUUUACCGGAGAUUAGUGAAGAAAAUCCAUAUCAUUCAGAGGCAGAAGGAGCCAGCUAAGGCGCAUCAAAUCAAGCUAGAGGUCUUGGUGAAGACUCUGAAAUGGCUUGGUAUCACCAUGGACGUGGAUGAGGUGGAAUGCAUCAUGGCGUGCCUAAUAUACAAGAAUCUCAUAAAAGGAUACUUUGCUCACAAGAGCAAGGUUCUUGUCCUCAGCAAGCAAGACCCCUUCCCAAAGUUGAAUGGGAAGCCUGUUUAGUCCAUAGCCAUGCCUGAUAGGCUUGUAAACUCGAUGAUAUUUCUCAUAUGUAUGAUCACACAGGCUUAUGUAGAAUUGCCGUGACUGAUGAUAAGAACAUCUGUACUCUUUUAUCUGUCAUGGUUGUAACUUGUAACAUGGUUGUAACUUGCAUUGCUUUAGAAGAGGUGCAAUACUGUGAGAUCUAUAUCUUUGUAAGCUAAUGGGAAGUUUUCUUGCAAUUAAGUAAAUGAAAGGUCCUCUUUGGCAAUUAA